GAACUCGAAGAUUUUGCUCGUCACUUCAAACAAAGUCGCAUUCGUUUGGGCUACACGCAAGCAGACGUCGGUCAGACGCUUGGCGAUCUCUACGGCAGCCUCUUCUCCCAGACAACCAUCUGCCGGUUCGAAGCCUUGCAACUGAGCGUUAGAAACAUGACCAAGUUAAAACCUCUCAUGGAAAAGUGGCUCGAAGAUGUAGACAAAAAUAAUUUGGACGCCAAAUCACCGAGUACUUUCCAGUUUUGUACGAAACAAAGAAAAAAACGGACGAGCAUUGACAGCUUGACGCGAAAGAUUCUCGAGAACGAGUUUCGGAUGAAAAACAAACCGACAGCCCGUGAAAUCGCAAAAAUAGCAAACAACCUGCAAAAAGAACGUGAAACCAUUCGAAUUUGGUUCUGCAACAGACGACAGAAAGAAAAACGAAUU